AUCACCAUUGACAGCCGAAGCACAACUUUUCCCCAGGCAAAGUGAAAUUAAGCCGCGGACUCGGACAAAAUAUAGUUCCCGUUUUGAAACUAAAUUUAUCGAAAGAACGCGAAGAUUCCCCCCCGUCGGACUUCUCUACGUUCGCCUGCCACCCGGGGAGGAUCCGUCCGGGGUCUGACGCCUUUUCUGUCGGCUUCGGACCACUUUUCAAGACGGGCGGAAAGUCGGUGAUGAGUCCCAGGCUGUAAAAGAAGCGAGAACUUGCUUUCCUUGUCGAGUAGUUCUUCUUUCGAUUGUUAUUGUCGCUGAAAAAUCUUCAAUUCACUGAAAGUUCGCGUCGCUCGCGUCGAAAGUGGGAGCAAAGUGCUUUUGUCGACGGAACAUGGAAGUACAAGGCCUGCAAGAGGCGCUGAAAGUAGAGAUCCAAUGUCAUCAGAACCAGACGCUGUGCAAAGGCCUCAACGAGCUUCAGAACGGACAGCUUGCAGUCAGAAGUUGCCCCGUAGGGACCGCCAAGCCGCUGUCUCUCAUCAAGCCCCCCAGCCAGGGCAUCGCCAUCUCCGUGGUUCCAACCAAGGCUCCGGUUUCCAUGGUGACGGCACACAUUAACGGACAGAAGGCGGCGAGCUCGGAGCCGCUGCAGACGGCACCCAUCAACCUCCAGACGGGUGGCAGGGCGGCGGUGGCGGUCGGCGUCCACCCGGUGAGCAGCAGGAGACCCGGAGAGCUUCCUCCCUCUCAGAUGUUCACCUCCCUUCCCAUCAAGGUGCCUCAAGUCAGCUCCCUGCACCGACUGGCCGGGCACGCCGCCACCCUGCUACCUCAGGUCAGGCCAAAGACCCGGAUCCCCGACAGCCUUCCCCACAGUCCCUGCCAGGAGCCCCCCCAGUCCAUCAGCCAGCCCAGGACCACCUCCGUGCCCAGCCCCAAGAACCCGGGCCCCACCCUGCCCACCCCCAACUGCACGCUCGGCCCCGACCACCCGCCUCACGGUCAGAGUCACACCGCGUCGGCGCCCGUGGCUCCGCCCUUCGGCCUGCCCGGCAGCGCCGGCUCCGGGAGCCCCUCCCAGCACGCCUCGGCGGGGCCCGGUGUGGCCUACGCCAUCAUCGCAGCCCCUCCCGCCACCUCCGCCAACGGCGUGUCCACCGUCACCGAGGCGGUCAAGGUGAUCAUCAUCCAGCCUCAGGCCCCCGGCAACAGCGAGGGCUGCCAGGCCCCCCUCCCGUCACAAGAGGCUCCCACCUCCCCCUCCCACAAGAAGGAGGAGGAGGAUCCAGAGAAAAUCUCCUUCAUGGUGGCGCUGGGCCUGGUCACCAACGAGCAGCUGGAAGAGAUCCAGAUGAAGAGGCAGGAGAGGAAGAGGCGGAGCACGGCUAACCCCGCCUACAGCGGCCUCUUUGAACCGGAGCGCAAACGUCUGACGUCGCAUUACCUGAACAGCUCCCUCUUCCUGUCGGCGCGAGACUCUGAGGAUUUCUGCUGGAAGGAUGACGUGGAGCACGACGAGCACUGCGCCGUGUGCAAAGAGGACGGCGAGCUGCAGCCGUGUCACAACUGCCCCCGCGCCUUCCACCCCGACUGCCUCCAGCCGCCCCUGAAGACGCCCCCCAGGGGCCCCUGGUACUGCCCCAAGUGCCAGAAGAAGGUUCUGAACAAGGAGAACAUGUCCUGGCCUCACAACUUCGUGCAGUCCUACGUCACGCAUAAAACAGUGCGGCAGGAAGAGAAGCGGCGUCUGCUGCGGCGAAACAACGAGUUGAAGAAGGAGUGCGCUCACCUGGAGGAAGAGGACAAGAAGCUCAACAAGACUCUGAAACGCUGCAUGGAGCGACGGGACGGCCUGGCGGCGCAGCAGCGGGACACCAAGGCGUCGCUGGAGCGCCUGAAGGCCCUCAUCAAGCUCAUCCAGGUCACCAUGACGACCACCGCCACCGUCGCCGCCUCGCUGCUCUCGCCGUCGUGGAUCAAAAGCGGCCCCGCCGCGGCAGCCGCGCCCCUCCAGCCCUCCCGCGGUCAGGAUGACGUCACCAACUAGCCCCGCCCCCACCUCGGCGCUUUUCUUUUUCGGUGGAACAAAAGAAGCGAGAAGUAUUUCUAAACACCUCCAGUGCUUACGAGAUUUGAGUUUUUCUUUUUCUUCUUCUUCAUGUUGUUGGCCUUAACGUAUUUCCUGUCCCACAUGCUCUAGUCUGCCACGCCCACCCCUAGUGGCGCCACGCGGACGCGCAUGCGCUCCUGACGUUUGCCAAAAGCUUUCAGGACAAGGUUUGUUGUUUUCUUCAGUAUUAUAGAGCUAAAGAAGAAAGUAUUUAAGAGCAAAGUACGCUAAUUAGCAUUUUAGGGGAGAUUUUGUAGUAUUUUCAUUGAUGCCUGAGAUCAUUGUACAUACGUCGUCUUCAUCAUCAUCAUCAUCGUGGUGCACAAACCAAUGACCUUCAGUGACCUUGAGCAGCUUUGGUCACGUGAAGCGUGUGCGUAAGAAUCACUCUUAUAUGCCAAAAAGUCCACAGGAAGUCGUCAUAUCAACAAGCCUCCUUUUUCUACAUCCUCACGCCUCGCCACGCUUUUUCUACACGCCACCAGGAGGCGCCACAAACACGCAAGCGUGGCGCGCACGUCUUCCCGCCGCCGCCGCCGCUUGCCGACGAACAAAUGCCUUCAGUGUGUCCUGUGACCUUUGACCGGGUCACGCUCCAAAAUACACGUCGACGUAGGCCGCGUGCAACAGUGCCCCCUAUAGCAAAGCAAGUGUUAGCACCUCCCACGUGGAGGGCGAGACACGUGACGCAUAUCCAUACACGUAACGUGACGUGACGUGACGUUCCUGGUCCGUCUUCUCCGGGAGAAACUGUGCCGUGAUGAAACAGAUCUAUUUUACUAGAGCACACCUUUGAACAAAGAACACUAAAGUUGUUUUCUAUUCUUUUACGGAGCAGCAAAAACAAUACAUGUCCUGAGGCCACCAGGAGGCGCUGCCGAGGCGGGCUCCGACGUUUGGUUGUGGUUGGUUUUGUCUUAAAUAUGCCAAUGUAGUAGUUGACUUUUUUCUACCGACUUCGUACAAAAAGAUUCACGAAUAAACA